AUGCGCUUCAUUCCGUGGUCUGUGGUGGGCAAUCCGGCCCUCCUCCAGCUGCCCCCUCCUCCUCCGGGGAUGCAACCGUCGUGGGCCCAGAUUCCGCAGUGGGUCGCCAUCAGUGCGCUGCUCCCCUUCAGUGAGCCCGAGCCCGCUGUGGCCGCCCACUUUGACAGGCUCAGCGUCUUGCGGCUGGCCGUAUCGGCCGCGGCUUGGCGCCGCAUCCUCGGUGCCUUGUCCGACCUCGGCGUUUUCGGCACGGUGCACGUGGAUGAGGAUGCGUUCCGUACGGUGUGCAUCCAGGCUCUGCACUCCCGCCAAAUCCCGGUGCCCGAGCUCUAUCUGCAGUGGGGCGAUUUGGGGCACUCUGAGGCUAUCGUGCCCUUGGGACCAGCGCCAUCUGCAGAAGCGAAGGCCGUCGACUUCUUGCAGUACGCGACGGUCGGGGCUCUUUGCGACCCUACGGCCGACGUCCCGUUCGCAGCCCUGUCUGACAUGACCCGCUGCUUGGGGCCCGUCUUCACGGCGGCGGCGCGCGUCGAUCCCAUGGGGAGCGCCGUCGUGGGGGCUGCAUCGCUCGCCGCCGCCGCUGGUCACAUUACUCCACGAGCGAGCGAUGGGCAUCCUGCCCUGCUCUCUCGGCAUGUGAUCAGCAUGCUGAAGACUACCCGCUCGAGUUUCCCGGCCUGCCUGAGGACCAACUCCUUUCAGAACUACUCUGCGGAGGACGCCCUCUCCCUCUGGGCUCGGCUCUGGACGCCUCCAGGGCAGCAUGGGUAG